AUGUCUUCAGUGCAAGCCGCCAAAAGUCUGGGAUUUAACAGCAUUAUGGCGCUAUUCUGGCAUCGCAAAUAUAAUAAUCGACAGCGCUCUUGUCUUGGUUCCAAGUAUAUUAAUCUAUCAACUUCAUAUGCCGAUGCGAAAGCGUUUAGCCGUUAUCGGUUGUUUGAGUGUUCGGGUAUUUCUCUGGCCGUGGAUGGUGUGCGGUCAAGUUCUGCAGACAGUAACGAUUAUAUCCACAUGCGUGCCAUUUCUUCGAGAGUUCCUGGAGUCAUUUCCCAGCGGAAUGUUCAAGCCAGUUGGACUUGA